UAGCUUUGACUUUUGUGCUUUGACAAGUUGACGAAAUUUUUGUAGCUUAGAAUGUCGGCGGAUAAACAUUUAGAAAUUGUAGAAUUCGGUUUGGCAGAUGAGAGUGUGGCUAAAAUAAAAGCAGCAGCGGCAGCAGUUGACGAGAAAGCACCCAAAACAUUGAAAACAUCUGAAAAGGAGAACUGCUAUCAGCUUACAGGUGGCAUCACCGCAGCAGCCACCGCAGCAGCAGUCACAAUCACAGCAACAACAACAGCAACAUCGACAGCAACAAAAGUUUCUGGAGCAGUGUCGAGCGGUGCCAAAGCGGUGCCAGCGACUCCAAGCAACGCAACGGUUCGCUUAAGUGAUUCCACCACAGUCGACGAUGCUGCCGCCGAUGGGAUGAACAACGGUUCCGAUCUCAAGCUACAAUCGUAUGUGAAUGGCAAUGGCAAUGGCGUCUACAAGAUCAUACGGACGCUGGGCAAGGGUAACUUUGCAAAGGUCAAGCUGGCCAUCCACAUGCCCACGGGUCGCGAGGUGGCCAUCAAGGUGAUAGACAAGACGGAAUUGAACGCGACAGCGAGGCAGAAGCUUUAUCGCGAAGUGCGCAUCAUGAAGCUUCUGGAUCAUCCGAAUAUUGUGCGACUCUUCCAGGUGAUCGAAUCGGAGCGCACGCUCUAUCUGAUCAUGGAAUACGCGAGUCGCGGCGAGCUCUUCGAUCAUUUGGUGAAGAACGGUCGCAUUCGCGAGCGCGAUGCCCGCGUCCUGUUUCGCCAGUUGGUUUCUGCUAUACAAUAUUGCCACAGCAAGUUUGUUGUGCAUCGCGAUCUCAAGGCCGAGAAUCUGUUGCUCGAUCAGCACAUGAACAUCAAGAUUGCCGACUUUGGCUUCGGCAACACCUUCAAUCCCAACGCUCAACUUGAGACGUUUUGCGGCAGUCCCCCCUACGCAGCUCCCGAACUGUUUAUGGGUCGCAAGUAUGCGGGUCCCGAGGUGGAUGCCUGGUCACUAGGCGUGGUGCUCUACACGUUAGUCAGCGGUUCGUUACCCUUUGAUGGUGGCACAUUGAAGGAACUGCGUGAACAUGUGCUGCGUGGCAAGUACCGAGUACCGUAUUACAUCUCCAUGGACUGCGAGAAUCUGAUGCGCAAGUUUCUGGUGCUUAAUCCGGGCAAGCGAACCACGCUCAACGCUGUCAUGGCUGACAAGUGGCUCAAUCUGGGCUACGAGGACACGGAUCGUCUGCGUCCGUUCCAGGAGCGUCCGCUGGAUCUGCAGGAUCCGCUGCGCAUCGAGCAACUGCUGGGCAUGGGCUACAAGCGACGCGAUGUGCUCAACUCGCUGCGGACGCAAGCUUUCGAUGACAUCUACUGCAGCUACAUGCUACUCGCACUGCCCAAGCCGCGCAGCUCACGCCAUGCAUCCACCUCGGAUGCCUCAGAACCGUCGCAGGCCAGCUCAGCAGCAGUCAAACAGCUGGCAGCCACACAUCGUCCGGUGGCGCCGCGUUUGCCCAACGUAGCGCCUCCUGUAGUCAGCAGCACAGCGUCCACCUCUUCGUCCAUUGUCACCGCACCGCCAGCCAAGCCCACGCGUCGCACCUUCACGCGCAGCAAGAACUCCGCUAGCAACUCUGCGAAUCCUGCCUCCGCCUCCAUCGCGAGCACGCGCUCGCCACAAACGCCGCACAGCAAACGCUCCAGCAGUGCUGCUAGCAGCAAUGGUAACGCUGUCGACGUGAAGCCCACGCUGCUGAGCGCUCAACGCCAGCUGGCGCAGACCCAGAAGAUGGCUAAUUCGCCGCAGCGUUACUUCUACCAGGGAUCUUCCGCACGACGACCCACAACUCUCUAUGAGAAGGGGGGACGGCGGUUCACCUAUGCCCAGCACGCCGGGAACACCGUCGACCACGAGUGUUCGCCAGCACAAGUCACCCAUGUCGGAGCGACGUCCGCUGGCGCAGGCUGCGGUGAUGGCCACUGCUCAAAAGCUGUAGCCGGACAACCGGAGAAGCCAUCGGAGAAGCACUUUACGCGCAGUAAUGUGGCGCGUGCCACGUUCCACUUUGGCCAGGGACGCAGUGGCAAGCAUGGACGCAGUGCCGCCAGCGAAGACGAUGGCUACCAGGCGAUGGCGCCACCGUUGUCGGCCGAUGACACCAAACCCGCUUCCCGUGUCGGAUUCUUCUCGAAGCUGACGGCGCGUUUUGGGCGUCGUGUUAUUCAGUUGAAUGAGAAGGAGACGUGCGAGCAGCGCAAGAAUCUCACCAAGUAGCAUGUUCUCCUUCUCACUCACACACAUUGCACUCAUACGUAUAUAGACAAGAGACAAGUACACGAUAGAUAGUAGUUUUUGUAUGUAAUGGAUACCGAGAAAUUGCUUUCGCUGUGCGCUGCCAAGUACAAAAGAAAACUUAAGAAAAACCCUAAAGAGAAAAAGUAAACAUAACUAAUCUAAAA